AGGUUGAAUCUAUUGCCCCGAUUUCCUGUCACAUGAUCUGAAAUAGGAUCCCUACUUUCUUUGCUAUCUUCUGUGUGUCUGGGGGCAGCGCUGAUCUGCCAGAAGUUCAGACGCUUUUAACGCGACGCUCGUCUACGUUACAUUACAUUCAACUCUCCACUGCUUCAGACUGCACUGAGAACAGCUCACCUGCGAGAAAAGAAGAAGAGAGGACAACCGAAGUCAAGACAAGAGAAGGAGAUCUCCUACAGAACACUACAGAAGAGAGAGAUGGAUCCUUGGAGAAUCGCAGCUUUGCUCCUCGCCUGUCUCACCGCGUCAACUUCUUACGAGUUGGAUACGGAGUGCUAUACAGCAAACGGAGAGGACUACAGAGGUCGACAGAACCAGACCAGUCUGCAGGGAGGAAAGCCUUGUCUCUUUUGGAACGAGACUGCCCAUCAUUCUUACAAUACCCAAAAAUAUCCUAAUGGAGAAGGGGGUCUUGGGCCACACAACUUCUGCCGGAACCCAGAUGGAGAUGUUCGUCCGUGGUGUUACAUCUCAGAUCACGAAGAUGGACUCGACUGGAAAUACUGUGAUAUCCCUACCUGUCAGAUGCCUGGUAAUCUGGGAUGUUUUAAGGACAACGGCGAUCCGACACCGUUAUCUGGAGGCUACCAGACCUCCACUGCACUCACAAUUCAAAGCUGCAUCAGUUUCUGUCGCAACCAAAGAUUCAAGCUUGCCGGUAUGGAAUCAGGCUAUGCUUGUUUCUGUGGUAACGACCUUGAUUAUCAUCGUCACGGUGAAGCACCGAGCACAGAGUGUAACCAUGUGUGUUUCGGAGACCACACCCAGCCCUGUGGAGGAGAUGGUCGUGUCAUAGUUUUUGACACAAAAGUAGGAGCAUGUGGAGGAAAUUACUCUGCGUCCUCUGGAGUGAUCUACUCCCCCGACUUCCCAGACAAAUACCGAGCUGGCAGGGUCUGCUACUGGACCAUUCAGGUUCCUGGCGCAUCCGUCAUUCUGUUCAAUUUCACCUUUUUUAAAAUUGUGGAUCAGACGGAUAUGGUGGAACUACUGGAUGGUUAUUCCAAUCAGGUGGUGGCGCGAUUCGACAGGCGCAAUCCACCACGGGACGUCGUGAACGUCACUGGAGACUUCGUCAUUGUGUACUUUUACUCGGACAGGACGAAUGAAGCGCAAGGCUUUUCGGUUCUUUAUCAUGCUUUGAGAAAUCAAGGAGUCAGUCCAACUAAAGAGGAUGAGGAUGGUGACGAAGGACACAGCACAGUGAGGCCAAAUACAGGAAGCACCACAGCAAAAUCCAAUACCAGUCAAAGCGGAAAAUCCUCCCUCCUCUACUAUGUAAUCACAUCAAGUCCUGCAAACAUGCCAGGUCAGUGGCAUGGAUCGGGUCGGACCACGGGCCACAGCACCAUGUGGACCAUCUACGCAUUAGCUGCCCUGCUAACGCUAACAGUCGUAGCCAUGGUAGCAAAGCUGCUUCUGCAUCUGACUGUAAAAUCACCGUCCAUUCCCUCAAUCAGCGGUUCGGAUUCGUGCGCCCAAAGCACCACGUCUGAACCUUGGAUCAUCUUCUACAGACCUUCGACCAUCUCUCUGUUUAAAAAGAAACUCAAGAAUCAUCACGGAGACCUCAGUCCUCUUGUGGGAAACUAAUCUUGAUGCCUCCGACCUCUACGGCUGCUACUUACUAGCCCCACGUAAUGAAUGCACACACUGUACGCAAAUUGGGCUAUGAAACGGGAACAUACCGCUCCCCAAUUAACUUAAAAUAACCAUCGCAAGUCGAUUGUUGGGACCACGUACAUGCGGCCAAAAUGAAUGGACUGAGCUUGAUGCCGAUGCGUUGAAUCUCAAUUUGCAUCUCGACCAAUCAUGAACUGCGUGACAGGUGCACAAAUAAACAGAUUGAUUUGAUUUGCAAAGGAACGAGAUGUUUUUUCGCCAUGGCAGAGCAACAAAUCUUUUCGGGGUGGUUUUUCGGGCUGAGACACUAAAAGACAAAACCACUGUGCCCAACCAGACCCUCUGGAGGAGAGAUUCGGAGAUCCCUUUCCAUCCCUCUACGAUCGCCUCAUAGGUCACUUCUUGUUGGGGAGUACAGAACUCUUUUUUUUUUUACCAGGGUAAUAGAACUGCCUGUACAGGUAAAGGAUUGAUGUCACAAAAUGUAUCGGACAUUCAGGAUUGAAAUCACCAGGAAAAAAAAUCUUGAUAGUGUUGGACUGCAGCUGAGCGCCAAAGCCUGCAUUUGCUACAAGAUGGCCCUCUCCGACUGUCUUUUGUUAUAUUUGGUCUGUUGAUCGUUCUGCCUUUAAGUGCCUUCAGGACUGAGAAAAGCCUUUUUUUCUUGUACGUUGUCACAAUGUCUGGAUGAUGUAAACAAGCGUUGAUCUUCCAGAGCUUUGAAUUGCAAAUAAGAAUAAGCACUGGGUAAAUGUAGUCAUGUGGGUGUCAUUGGGCCGUAUUGUUUGUCGCGUUAAGCAAGGGACGCAUUGUGAACUUUGUGUAAUUCUGUGUGGGACCGAUCAAACACCAUUUGGUUUUCCCCCAAUUCUUUCAAAACUAUUUGCUCUUUCUCCCCGUUUACCUCAGAUGUUGAAACACUUCUGCAGUUGGCCAAAUCCAUGCAGAUCACGCUAAACUUCCAGGUGCGAGGAGUGAGGUCAUUCCUUCAAGGAAACAUGGGAAUUUUGUUUGAAGCACCUGCAAAACUAUUAGUCAGAAGAUUACAGAAGAAUCAUUUUGUACUCAAUGUGCUCAUGUUACUGUACAUUUUAGAGAUAGGGUCAUUUUAAUGUUCGCUGGAGUACAUUUGGUAACUAAACAGACAGAAAAUGGGCCAUCAGCUUUAAAUAAUUUGUGGGUCAUUAUUACCGCACUUGCCGACUAAACAAUUUAAAGGGCCAGUGCACUCAAAAUCAAAAAUUGGUCAUUAUGUUGUUUCGAAGAUGCAUACUUUUUUAAAUCUAGUACACAGCCUUUUUCCAUGCAAUGCCAUUCCUGUCAAUAACCAAAAUGUCUUUUCCAUCGAAAAUUUACACUAUUUGAAACAACAGUAGGGAUAGUCAUUUUAUUUUGGGUUGAAAUAUUCCUAAAGUCUCUACAUUAUGCACUUUAACUUAUUACUGAAGUACUUAUCUUGUGUAAUGUUUUAUGAACAACCAAAAGCAUUUGUACUCAAAAUAUUUUAUUUCAACAUACCCCUUCAUCAAAGCAAAUUGUGAAAUACUGUUUAACGAUCUGUAGUAAGACCUCAGUUGAGCAAGCCACCCACCCAACGUGUCAAGUUCCUGUUCUUCCUCAGUCCAAAUGUGUUUGGCUGACCUGAUGCUGUAUUUGGGUUGCGUUCUCAUAUGCACUCUGUGUUAAUUACCGCUUAAAUACUUCAUAACCAAAGUUCUGCCCAUGCAUAAUAAAGUGUCACCCUUCACAGAUGAGAGAGAGAGAGGCUGUCAAAUCACAGAGAGAGACAAAUCCAAAGUGACAUUAAACUUCAAACAAGUUCAUUUAUGUCUGGAAAGACCGGUGAAUAAUACAGAAUCCAUGCAGGCAUCCUAAAAUACAGCGAGGCCUGAAUGCACUUUUAGCAGUGGAAAAAAAGUGUCACAUUUUUCUGUGGUUUAUUAAAACGUCAUUGGGCUUUCCUUCGGAGAAACCACGAUAGGUUUUUGGGGAGAGAAUACUUCCAGGGAUAAUGAAAAGAUGUUUUCAUGGAAUUGUAAAUAAAAUAGUGAGAAUUUUAAUUUAUACCAUAAAUUAUUGUUACUUUGGAAGUAAAAUGGGAUAUAUUCUAUCUUUUGUAUAAGUACCUUUGUAGUUUUUAUUUAAUGUGUCCUGAGUGCAAAAAUAAAUAUGCAUGUUUCUAA